UAUUUAUGUAAAUUUAUAUGGUAUAUUUUUUGUUUUCGUCUACUUUUUCUUCUCGUUUAAACAUUUUUUUUUUCUGACAUACCUAUCUACUCUUCGCUUAUCAAUUUCAUAUGCCAUCCCUGCACCACUGUCUGCAACGCGUUUUUUUAAAGUUUUUUUUAUUUAAAUUCUUACUGUCGUCUUGAGUAUUGUUGGUGCCAACAUUACAGCCAGCCACUGCAACGACGUACGUACAGGAAUAAUCGUUUUACUGUCACUUCACCACCGGACACUGUAUCGAACAAUAACAGCUCUAUAGAUUAACUGCCUCCGCAUUAGUAGUUAUGUGGAAAGACUUCAAGAAGUUAAAACUUCUACUAUGGAAGAAUUUACUGAUACAAAAGCGACAUCCCAUCCAGUCGUUCAUAGAGCUACUAUUACCGGCCAUAAUGGCGUGCGUGAUGGUCAUGUUCAGAUCUUGGGUACAACCGGUCGAGUUCAACAACGUCACCAGAUACGUACCGUUCCCCAUAUCGGUGCCACCGUUAAUAUUGGGAUACAGACACGGAUGGUCCAUAGCAUGGGCUCCGCAAGACCCGGAAUUGGAAAAAAUCAUGAGCAACGCUUUUGCACACACUCCCAAUAUAAAGCUUGUAUCGUUUGAAACCGGCGAUAAGAUGGAGGAACAGCUGAAUCAAGAUAACGCGAUGAAAAAAUUUUUGGUUGGCGUUCGUUUCGAUAAUAUCAAACCGAACACUACGUUACCAAAAAGUACAACUGUAAAGCUGAGAUAUCCGUGUCAUCUUCGAGUAACGAAAAAGAGUCUAAUGAGCUUCGACACGAUCGAAGCGAACUGGCGGACUUACUUAAUGUUUCCUCUGUAUCAGACGUUUGGUCCUAGACAUAAAUCAGAAAACGACGGAGGCGAACCAGGUUAUUUGUCAGAAUCAUUUUUGUACAUGCAAAACCAGAUCUCCAAAGCUUUAAUACAAUACUGGGCUCCUGACGAGUACGUGCCAGAAAUCGAGCUACAGAGGUUCCCAUAUCCGAAAUACAUCGAAGACCCAUUGUUACCAGCACUUACAUCGUUCAUAUCUACGGUGGUAUUACUCAGUUACAUUUACACCGCCAUCAAUACAAUAAAAGUGAUCUCAGCUGAAAAAGAAAUGAAAAUGAAGGAAGCCAUGAUGCUCAUGGGCUUGGAUAAUUGGUUGCACGCGUGCGCGUGGUAUCUAAAGAGUUUCGUCGUAUGGAUAAUACCUCUGUUAAUAUUGGUGUUUUUUAUAACGUUCGAUUGGCCUACGGGUGCAGUGUUUCAGUACUCCGACCCGCUGGUACUGAUGGUGAUACUGACAUUGUAUGUGACUGCUGGAAUAUCCUAUUGUUUCUUGAUAUCCGCCUGCUUUAAAAAAGCCAAUACAGCGGCGACCGUUGGUGGCGUAUUGUGGUUCGGUACUUAUGCCCCAUUUAUGAUAUUUCAACCUAAAUACUCGUCUAUGACCAACAGAGAAAUUUUGGCGUCGACCAUAUUGCCAAACACAGCAUUGGGAUAUAUUUUCCAGAGUCUUAUCAUGUUCGAAGGCAUUGGCGCCGGACUGACGUGGGAAAAUAUUACGGUGACGGUGUCUCCGGAUGACAAGAUGUGCAUCGCGGAUAUAAUGCUUAUGUUGGUAUUUGACUCGAUCCUGUACUUAUUAAUCGCCAUAUACCUGGAAACGGCUUUCCCGCGCAACAGUGGUUUCCACCCUCCGUGGUAUUUCCCGAUACUGCCGUCGUUCUGGUUCGAGAAAAAAGUUAAUCCCAAACACAUCACCGAAAAAUCUGGCAUUCAUAUUCAAUCACUCAGCAAAAGUUUUACGCCCGACAGAUAUGUCGUCAACAAGCUCUCUGUGGAUAUGCACCCUAAUCAAAUAACCGUUUUGUUGGGUCACAACGGCGCUGGGAAAUCUACCACCAUGUCUAUGUUAACUGGGCUGAUAAGUCCAACAUCCGGCACAGCGUUGAUAGAGGGAUACGAUAUAAAAACUCAUAUGAAAACAAUACGCCAUUCCUUGGGGCUUUGCCCUCAAUAUAAUCUACUCAUACCGGAUUUAACCGUAGUAGAGCAUUUGUAUUUUUUCGGAAUGUUGAAAGAUUUAAACGAACAAGAGCUGAAAAGCGAAAUCGAUAAGUAUACAGCAAAAUUCGAACUUGAGUCAAUGAUUAAUACUAAGUCCAAACAUCUGAGCGGAGGGAUGAAAAGAAAACUUUCGGUUGCCAUAGCAUUAAUUGGAAAAUCGAAGGUGGUAUUGAUGGAUGAACCGACGUCGGGAAUGGAUCCGGCAGCCAGACGCACUCUGUGGAAUAUUUUGCAAUCGGAACGGGAAGGAAGAACAAUGGUAAUGACAACGCAUUUAAUGGAUGAAGCAGAUUUGCUAGGUGACCGUGUCGCUAUAAUGAAAGCUGGUACUCUUUGUUGUGUCGGAACACCGUUUUCGUUGAAAAAAGAAUAUGGCGGUGGUUAUACCUUAACUCUCGUAAAAGAUGUAGUCGGUUUCAGUUUGACUAAAGUAACCAAUUUCGUUCGUAAAUAUUACCCGCAUUCAGUACCAAGUAACCUGACCGUUAUGGAAGUUACAUAUCAGUUAGAAGACUCAUCGCUGUUUCCAGACUUGCUUAACUCUUUGGAGCAAACUAAACAGACGUUAGGAAUCAAAGAAUACGGAAUAACUUUGACUACGCUGCAAGACGUAUUCAUGCGAGUCGGUCAAGAAGACAACAAGAAAUUAUCGGAUUACCAGAUGAAUGCCAUUAAACAAAAAUCAAUGGAAUUGAAGAAUCGUUUCGACACGUUGUUCUACGAUGCCGAGUGCGAUUCUACUGAUUUUAAAUCUGAAAGGGCCAAAGGAUGGAAAUUAUUCUGGAUCCAAGUCGGGGCGAUUAUGGAAAAGAAAUGCUUGCAGUCGUACCGUUCUCUGAUAUUGCACUCACUACAAAUAACGCUAACGCUAUUUUUCAUAUUCUUGGCAUUACUGGUCGUUAACGCCUGGCAGGGUAUGAAAGACUUGCCGGCUCUAGCAGCCGAGCUAUCGAACUAUUGGGAACCUAUCAGUACGGUCAUGUUGUCCACCAAUAACACGAAAAUUGGUAAUUUCUACGAAUCAUAUAAGAACGCUUGUGCGCCAAAUCCGGUUUUGGAUUUGAAUUACCGCACCACGGAAAACUAUUUCGAAGACUUUUUACUACAAGUGGCCGCCGAAAAGAUAUCUCCGUUCACACAGAAGUACAUUGUCGGCGCGAUUUUCGGUGAAGAUAGGAUUACGGCGUAUUUCAACAACCAGCCGUACCAUGGUCCACCGUUGGCACUCAGCAUGGUAUAUAAUGCUAUACUAAAAAGUUACAAAGGAGAAGAUUACGGAAUACACAUAGUCAAUCAUCCACUGCCCUACCAAGGAGUGGAUAAACUGAUGAAAUUGACCGGAGGCAGUAAUCUGGGUUACCAGGUGGCGUUCAACUGCGCCAUUUCCCAAGCGUUCGUGUGUGCCGUGUACGUGCUAUUCGCCGUCAACGAGCGACAGACCGGCGCUAAGCACAUGCAACAGAUCGCCGGAGUGAAACCACUGGCCUACUGGGGCGCGUCUCUGCUGUGGGACUGGAUAAGUUACUUGACCGUCAUAUUCUCCAUUCUGCUGUUACUCUUCUGGCACGGCGACCCGGGAUACUCGAGCUUAAAGCAAAUGG